CACUGUGGUGUUGAGAUGAAUUGCACAUAUUAAUCGCCCGAUAUCGACCGCUGCAAACGACACAAUCAGCAACAAGCAGCGCCAUCUCGAACACGGAGACCACCAUCACAACGCCAUGUCGUUUGUUGAGCCGCAGAAGCUGCUGGCUGCGGAAGCGCACAUCCCCGUGUGGGAGACGAGCGAGGCGUAUCGCAGGCUCAUCUCCUUCAUCGAGACCAUCGGUGAUGCCGUUGUUGGGAAGACAAUCAGCGACAGAAACCCAGAGCCAUCGAAGUCGGUGAAGAAGCUGUUGGGGCUGCUGGACCGUGUGGACAAGCUCAUCGAUGACACUCCGCCAGUCGAGACAACGGGUCGCUUUGGCAACCCUGCGUAUCGUGACUUUCACAAGAAGCUCGAGGAGCAAGCGGAUGAGCUUAUUUCAGGCAUCCUGGACGGUGCACACAAGGGAGCCGUCGUUGAGCUGAAGCCAUACUUCCUGGACUCCUUUGGCAAUGCCAAGCGCAUUGACUACGGCAGCGGCCAUGAGUUGGCAUUUGUUGCUCUGUUGUGCUGCUGCAGCUUGAUUCGCAUGUUCAAGCCAGAAGACACAUCCUGCCUCUGCCUUCACAUCUUCCACAAGUAUUUGCAGAUUGCGCGGCGGCUGCAGGAGACGUACCGGCUUGAGCCUGCAGGCAGCCACGGCGUGUGGGGACUCGAUGACCACCAGUUCCUCUGCUACUACUGGGGCGCAGCGCAGCUCAUCGGGCACGAGGAGCUGACACCAAAGAUGAUUCCAGACCGUGCCCGUGCGCAGGAGAACGGCGACGAAUUCCUCUUCUUCGAUGCAAUCCGCUUCAUCUUCAAGCUGAAGACAGGCCCUUUCUUUGAGCAUUCGCGCAUGCUGUUUGACAUCUCGGGCGUCCCAGAGUGGUCCAAGGUGCGGUCUGGGCUGAUGAAGAUGUACAAGGCGGAGGUGUUGAGCAAGCUGCCUGUGGUGCAGCACUUUAUGUUUGGCUACCUCCUCCCCAUGGACAAGGAGCUGCCUGCCGUGAGCAAGGACGGCACAAAGGCUGCGCCCAGCACAGAGGGCAGUGCUCCUGCAUACAAGCCCGCCACGGCGUUUGGCCCCACGUGGGGUGGGCCCGUGCCUGCACGCAACCCUGGCCAGAGCAACCCCGUUGUUGUUGAUCCGGCAGAGGCGACGCCCGACGGGCCCAUGCCCAUGACCGCGUUCCCCACCAGCGGUACGGCGCGCACGGCUGCACCCGCUGUGCCGCCAAUGGGGGCCCCUCCCGUUGCCGCCACGCGGACAGGUGGUGCGCGCGUGGCAGAGCGCGGCUCUCUUCGACCCCGCCAGCCACCAAAGGCAUCAUAAUCUCCCUUGCCUGUCGAUGUCUGUGUUUCUUCUGGGUGCAGAGAGAGAGAGAGAGAGAGAAAGGGAGGGGGGGGGCGAGGGAGGGUCUUGCUGUUCUGUUGUUCAGAGAGACACACACAUAAACUCACAGCACAGAAGCA